CAUGCAGUUCAAGCUUAUCGACACAUUGGUGACACGUACAGCGAGGGCAAGACCCCACAUUACGCUCUUCUUGCCGUACCACGAAGCUUUCUGUUCUGUUGCCGCCGUACUUCAGAUUAAACCGUUGAGACCUCCGUUUUUUUUUCCUUCUUCUUCCUUUCAACACACGACACACCGCUGCCCCACAACACGCAACAACAACGACGACGACAAGAUGAUGCGUGCAGUUACACUUAACGGGUUCGGCGGGACGGAGGUGCUGCAGAUAUCCCAGCUACCACGCCCCGUCAUCACAAAUCCAAGAGAAGUCCUUAUUCGGGUCAAGGCGGCAGGCAUCAACCGCGCUGAUGUGGCGCAGCGUUAUGGCCACUACCCCCCUCCGAAGGGCAGCAGUGAGUUGCUGGGCCUCGAGGUCUCCGGUGUGAUUGAGCAGGUCGGACCGGAUGUGAAGCGCUUCAAAGACGGCGAUAAGGUGAUGGCGCUGCUCAGCGGCGGUGGCUACGCCGAGUACGCCGUUGCCCACGAAGGCAGUGUGAUGCACAUCCCACAAGGGUACUCCUUCAUUGAGGCCGCUGCCAUCCCGGAGGCGUUUCUCACGGCGUGGCAGGCGCUGAAGUUCCACGGGAAUCUGCAGAAGGGUCAAACAGCGCUGAUCCACGCCGGUGCAAGCGGGGUGGGCACGGCCGCAUCGCAGCUGGUGGAGAAGUAUUUCGAGGGCACUGCGGUGACCACCUCGUCGGAAAGCAAGGUGGCGGUGUGCAAGAAGUUUGCGAGCGUCAACCUGUCUCGCACGCCGGAUGAGAGCGGGUUAUGCUUCGCGCCCAAGGUGAAGGAGGCGUUGGGCGAGGCCGCCAUCAACGUCGUGGUGGACUGUGUCUUUGGCGGCUCCUACAUCUCCGAGAACGCCGCCGUGCUGGCCGAGGACGGCUGCAUUGUUGUGCUUGCCUUUCUCGGUGGGUCGAAGGUGGAGCUGGAUUUCUCCCCGCUGUUCAAGCAGCGUGCUCACCUGAUCUUCUCCAAACUGCGGAACCAAUCAGCCGAGUACAAGGAGAAGCUCACGACCUCAUUUGAUCAGGAGGUGGUGCCGUUGAUGAGCGCGCGUAAGAUCGUCGCGGUGGCCAACGCCUCCUAUCCGUUGGAGCAGGUGGCGCAGGCACACGCCCACCUCGACGACAACAAGGACGGCGGCAAAAUAAUUCUCACCCUAGAGUGA